CCUAAGAACCGAUCACGUGCGACUUACAGCAUCUUUCGUUCGUUGAAGAAGCCCAUCUCUCUCUGUGCCGAAGCACAGCUCGACGCCGAUGGCCGUCUCUCUUUCUCAUGGUAAUCGAGAUAUGAAUAUAUAUGAAGAAAUGGGAUUCACGGCGAGUUUAGGGCUCCCGUCUGUCCCCCUCCCGCACUCGGCGUGCGAUCAGACAAUUGCGAAUGAAGGGGAGAUCCUGCAGGAUGAUGAUGAAAGCGAGGAGGAGAUUGAUGUCGAUGAGCUCGAGCGCAGGAUGUGGAGGGACCGCAUCAGGUUGAGACGGCUCAAGGAGCAAAACAAGGCCAAAGAGAGCGGCGACAUCGCCAAGCAGAGGCAAUCGCAAGAGCAGGCCCGACGAAAGAAGAUGUCCAGGGCUCAGGAUGGGAUUCUCAAGUACAUGCUUAAGAUGAUGGAGGUUUGCAAAGCCCAGGGCUUCGUCUACGGAAUCAUCCCUGAGAAGGGCAAGCCCGUCAGCGGCGCCUCCGAUAAUCUUCGUGCCUGGUGGAAGGAGAAGGUGCGGUUCGAUCGCAACGGUCCUGCUGCAAUCGCCAAGUUUCAGGCGGAAAACGCCAUUCCUGGUAGCAUGGAGGAGAAUUCAGGCAUGAUUUCGACGCCGCAGACGCUUCAAGAACUUCAAGACACAACCUUGGGGUCUCUAUUAUCGGCCCUCAUGCAGCACUGCGAGCCUCCUCAGAGGCGUUUCCCUCUCGAGAAAGGUGUAGCUCCCCCGUGGUGGCCAACGGGCAACGAGGAUUGGUGGCCUCAAUUGGGGCUCCCAAAGGACCAGGGCCCCCCUCCAUACAAGAAGCCUCACGAUCUGAAGAAGGCAUGGAAGGUGAGCGUGCUUACCGCCGUGAUCAAGCACAUCUCCCCUGACAUCGACAAGAUACGGAGGCUGGUGCGGCAGUCCAAGUGCCUUCAGGACAAGAUGACGGCCAAGGAGAGUUCGACGUGGUCGGCAGUCGUUAACCAUGAGGAGCUGCUCGCUCGCCAGAUGAACCCGGAUGCCGGCCUUCCCCUGUCAUGCUUGAGCGGCAAUGGGACUAUCACGUACAACGGAAGCUGUGAGUAUGAUGUUGAUGGCUAUGAUGAGGAUGAUGCAAACAUGGAAGUUCUGGAGUGCAAACCGGAGCUCUUCCACCCGGGCGUCGCGGGAGAGAGGAUUAUUCCAUCAAUGAACGGGGAUACUGCUUCCGACUGCAUCCGCAAGAGGAAGUUCCCUGGGGAGCAGCUGAUGAUGGAAGGCAAGGCAUACAUUGGGGACAAUACCGAGUCCCCCUGUCACGACUUCCCGAUGGGUUUCGCGAGCAAGAGCGCGAGAAGCAACCAUGGGUCCAACUGCUUUUAUCCCUCAAACUUUCCUCAGGGAAUCACUCUGCCGGGCGUGGUGGCUAAUCAAGAAGAGAAGCCUGUUUUCUGCUUGCCGGUUCCGGAAGGGAAGCAGCGGCAGCAGGAGCAAAACCCGUCUAUUGCUGUGACCGCGAACCGGACGGCCGGCUAUGCGUCAAGAAACCUGGCAAAUAUGCAGGUGGCAGCGCCUCCGUCCCCAACUCCACCGGGGGUUCGUAGUAUGAUGGAUCACAACCCAGGGCCUUUAACAGGGGUUGGUGUCCCGGUGGAUGUGCACAAAUCAAUCAACGAUCUCUUCGCAUUGUAUGAGCAGCAGAGGAAGAUACUGGGCCGUCCAAAUGUCCAUGAGGCUCCAAGAGACCUAGCGCUGGGAAAUCAUGAUGUUCGAAAUGGAGGCCCCAAUCCCCUGCUCGCUGACGUUUUCGAUGAGCAAAGUUGUGGGAUGAGUAUGGGGUUGGAGCAGUGUAAGAUGUUUGCUCAUGGCUUUGACGACAACCAGCAGGAUGUCAAUCCCCGUUACAAGUGUGGGUCGGCGUUAUUGCCCAUGGACUUCGAUUCCUUUUCCCGAGGACCAGAGCUGCAGAAGCUGGGCGCAACACAUUGGUUUGCCUGAUCAGUUGAACUUGCUGGAGCUGGUGCUGGUGCUGUGCUGCGAGGGGUUUGUUUCACCAGGCCCUUUCCUCUCCUUCAGCCGUCGCAAAGAGAUGAUGGCAAAACUCUGUUGACCAAAUUUUUGGGUGGCGGUUUAUGAUCUGUGAUCGCCAAGCGCAAAGUUUCACCGGUUUUCUCUGGAGGAGGCCUUCCUUCCUUGUAUGUGACGAUCUUCCAUGUAGCGGGUUGUAGUUCUGUACCGGUAACAAAUUCAUGAUACGUAGAAGUAGAGGCGGAGAUCCUCUUGGCUUCCUUCUGCCUUUAGAUCUGUUGCUGAACAUGAAUAAGAUAUAAAUAUUGUUUUUACA